AUGCACCGCGCCAGGCAGCCUUUGAAAAAGCGGCGCGGCUCGUUCAAGAUGGCGGAGCUCGAUCAGCUGCCUGACGAGAGUUCUUCAGCGAAAGCACUUGUGAGCUUGAAAGAGGGAAGUUUGUCCAGUUCAUGGAAUGAAAAGUAUAAUUCUCUGCAGAAAACACCUGUUUGGAAAAGCAAGAAUGCCAGUUCUGCAGUGGAAAUGCCCUUCAGAAAUUCCAAACGGAGUCGGCUCUUCUGUGAAGAUGAGGACAGACAAAUAAACACAAGGUCACCCAAAAGAAACCAGAAGGUUAUGAUGGUUCCACAGAAAUACAAUUCAACAAUGUCAACCCCAGACAAGAAAGUGUCACAGAAGAUUGGUUUGCGGCUUCGAAAUCUGCUCAAACUUCCCAAAGCUCACAAGUGGUGCAUAUAUGAAUGGUUCUAUUCAAAUAUAGAUAAACCACUAUUUGAAGGAGAUAAUGACUUCUGUGUAUGCCUCAAAGAAUCUUUUCCAAAUCUGAAAACCAGAAAAUUGACAAGAGUAGAGUGGGGGAAAAUCAGACGAUUAAUGGGAAAACCACGGAGGUGUUCCUCUGCAUUCUUUGAGGAAGAGAGAUCAGCAUUAAAACAGAAAAGGCAGAAAAUAAGGCUCCUGCAGCAGCGGAAAGUUGCAGAUAUUUCCCAGUUCAAAGAUCUUCCAGAAGAAAUUCCAUUACCACUUGUAAUAGGAACAAAAGUUACAGCACGUUUGAGAGGUCUCCAUGAUGGGCUCUUCACUGGACAGAUAGAUGCUGUAGACACCCUUAAUGCCACAUACAGAGUGACUUUUGACAGAGCAGGUCUUGGAACGCACACGGUCCCAGAUUACGAAGUUCUCAGUAAUGAGCCUCAUGAAACCAUGCCAAUCGCAGCCUUUGGACAGAAACAGCGACCUUCAAGGUUCUUUAUGACCCCUCCCCGAUUGCAGUAUGCACCUUCCCUCCAGUCUCCAAUUACAGACAAUGAUCCUUUAUUAGGACAAUCUUCGUGGAAAAACAAAAUUUCAGGCACAGACAGUGAGACACUAGGAGGCUUCCCAGUGGAAUUCCUCAUUCAAGUGACCAGGUUAUCGAAAAUCCUUAUGAUCAAGAAGGAACACAUCAAACAAUUGAGAGAGAUGAAUACAGAAGCAGAAAAGCUGAAAUCCUAUUCCAUGCCAAUAGGCAUUGAGUUUCAGAGGAGGUACGCAACCAUUGUUCUAGAUCUAGAGCAACUAAACAAAGACUUAAAUAAAGUGCUGCAUAAAGUUCAGCAGUAUUGUUAUGAGCUUGCUCCUGACCAGGGCCUUCAGCCUGCUGACCAACCAACAGAUCUGAGGCGCAGGUGUGAAGAGGAGGCUCAGGAAAUUGUCCGGCAAGCAAAUUCCUCAACAACAGGACAUCUUUGUGUUGAGAGUGAAAAUUUAAUUGAUCUUAUGUCUAGACUUACAGCAAUAUUACUGCAAAUUAAGUGUCUAGCAGAAGGAGGUGAUCUGAAUUCCUUUGAAUUUAAAUCACUAACAGAUUCAUUAAAUGACAUUAAGAAUUCAAUAGACUCCUCAAAUAUCAGUUGUUUUCAGAAUAACGUCGAGAUCCAUGUUGCACAUAUUCAGAGUGGUCUGAGCCAGAUGGGAAACUUACACGCUUUUGCAGCUAAUAACACCAACAGAGACUGAAAGCUUUCUUUCAAGUGUGUACAGCAAGUAGUUCUGGAAAAUCCUCUUCCUUCAUAUAGGCUUCACCAAAUAUCCCGACUGCCAGAAGAUAGGGGGGAGAAAGAAAAACCUCUCAGAAAGGACCCUUUAAAAUAUACCUGCUUCUGAAGUAAACCAGCAUUACUGGCCAGCGUUACGUUAGAUUUCUCCACUUGUUAUUCACACACGGUAGUUUUGCUAACUGGUAAUCUCUUAAUAAUUGCAUUUAUUAUAAUAAACCUGAAAACAUACUUUCAUGUAAUUUGAACUUAGUUUCUCAAAGUUCAGAUUAAUUCCGCGCACCUCUUUGCUGUUGGCUGUCCUGGUAUGUUAGAAGCGAUGAGGAGGAAAUGGCUCAGAUGAGUAGCCACAGGGUGAGUCUUUGUUAUGUAAAACUAUUCUCCUGCCAUUCCAGCCUUCAGGUAGCAACACCGGGUGAGUGUAUGGACUGCAAACAGAAGCUGUAGGCCUGUUGGGCAAGUCUGAUCGAUCGGUCGCGUUGGAACUCUUAAUUUAUCAUAACUUAUAGAAGGACUCUAAUGAAGGAAUAUAAUAACGUGACUGGGAACUUUGCAGAAAGCUGGGUUGUGAAUUUUUUUUUCCCCCUUCACGGGGGUGGGGGGCAAAAGAAGUGCUUUAGUUGG